UUUCCGAUAACUUGUCAUUUUUAUAUAUGGUCGUGUGUUGUACUGUUGUACUUAUAAAACUUCGUCCUCUUUCUCAGUCCUCUGUUUUUCAUCCAAAAAUAAAUAAAUAAAUAAAUAACUCAAGUUUCAUUCUGCUCCAAUUGUAUUUUUUUCUGGUUUAAGUUUCUUGCUCGUUGGAUAUGGCAUCAGAUGAUAAUCCAGAGUUAGUUGAAAGGGCUUUUAAAGGGAAAGAUUCCAAGAAAGAAGAAAAAGAGGAAGAAAAAGAAGGGUUUAUAGAGAAGGUAAAGGACUUCAUUCACGACAUUGGUGAGAAGAUAGAGGGUGCAAUUGGAUUUGGCAAGCCUACUGCAGAUGUUAGUGGGAUUCAUGUACCUCACAUUAGCCUUCAUAAGCUAGAUAUCGUUGUUGAUGUUCUAGUGAAAAAUCCGAACCCGGUUCCAAUUCCCCUAAUUGACAUAAACUACUGCAUUGAUAGUGAAGGAAGGAAGCUGAUUUCUGGGUUGAUUCCUGAUGCUGGAACAAUCCAUGCUCAUGGGUCUGAAACUGUCAAGAUACCAGCCACUCUGAUUUUUGGUGACAUUAAAGAGACUUAUAAAGAUAUUAAGCCUGGAAGCAUUAUUCCUUACAGGCUUAAGGUGGAUCUGAUUAUAGAUGUUCCUGUUAUUGGAAGGAUUACUAUCCCCCUUGAGAAAACUGGAAAGAUCCCGAUACCAUACAAGCCUGACAUAGACAUCGAAAAGAUAAAGUUUAAGAGGUUCUCUUUCGAAGAAACUGCUGCAAUCAUUCAUCUGAAAAUAGAGAAUAAGAAUGACUUUGACUUGGGUCUAAAGGAUUUGGACUACGAGGUUUGGUUGGGUCAUGUAAACAUUGGAGGUGCUGAUCUUGAAAAAUCAGAAAUUUUGCCUCAGAAUGGUAUCAGUAAUUUACAUCUGCCAGUCACAUUUAAGCCCAAGGAUUGUGGAUCUGCACUCUGGGAUAUAAUGAGAGGAAAAGGGACUGGUUAUAGCAUGAAGGGAAAUAUUAAUGUUGAUACACCUUUUGGUGAAAUGAAACUUCCCAUCAGCAAGGAAGGUGGUACAACCCGCCUUACCAAGAAGAGGGAAGCUGGAGGCAGUGAUGAUGAUGAGGACUAGACCGGACAUCUGGAUUGCGAAGAUGAUAUGCUGUGUUUAGAGUAAAUGAAUUGCAACUUGUAGGAAGCUGGGACUGCUGACGGACUUGCAUAUCGGUAAUGUCUGUUUGUGUUGUUGUAAAACUUCUCUCGCUGCUAUAAAUUUUUCUAUAAUGAGAAUAUAAUGAAAUACAUCAAAUUAUAAAGACCUAGACAAUAGAUUUUUUAUUUAUUUGUUUGUGUAAUUGUGCCUCUAAAGCGCAUUUUUCCUGCGUUAUAUGCAUUUUCAGCAUAGAGGCAAAACCCUGUUUUAUAAUUGAUGUCUUUAAUAACC